AUGGGAUCAUUAAAGAGUUCUGUCUUCCUCUUGAUCCUGUACCUUCUAGAAGGGACCCUGAGCAAUUCCCUCAUUCAGCUGAACAAUAAUGGCUAUGAGAGCAUUGUCAUUGCAAUUGACCCCAAUGUGCCUGAAGAUGAAGCACUUAUUCAACAAAUAAAGGAUAUGGUGACUCAGGCAUCUCCAUACCUGUUUGAAGCUACGGGGAAACGAUUCUAUUUCAAAAAUGUUGCCAUUUUGAUUCCUGAAAACUGGAAGACAAAACCUGAUUAUGUGAGACCAAAACUGGAAACCUAUAAUAAUGCUGAUGUUCUGAUUGCUGAACCUAAUCCUCCGGGUAAUGAUAAACCAUAUACUGAGAUGAUAGGAGGGUGUGGAGAAAAGGGUGAAAGGAUUCAUUUCACUCCUGACUUCUUAGCAGGAAAGAAGUUGACUCAGUAUGGACCACAAGGUAGGGUUUUUGUCCAUGAGUGGGCUCAUCUACAAUGGGGAGUAUUUGAAGAAUACAAUGAUAACCAGAAAUUCUACUUAUCCAACGGAAAACCGCAAGCAGUAAGAUGUUCAGCAGCUAUUACUGGUACCCAUGGAGUUCCAAAGUGCCAGGGAGGAAGUUGUAUCACCAAACCUUGCAGAAUAGACAAAUUAACAGGAUUGUAUGAACAAAACUGUGAGUUCGUACCCAAAACGCAACAGACUGAGAAGGCUUCCAUAAUGUUCCAACAAAGUAUUGGUUCCGUGGUUGAAUUCUGUACAGAACAAAACCACAACUCAGAAGCUCCAAACUCGCAAAACCAAAAAUGCAAUCUCCGAAGCACAUGGGAAGUGAUCCGUGAGUCUGAGGACUUUAAGAAAACCACUCCUAUGACAACACAGCCACCUAAUCCCACUUUCUCACUGCUGCAGAUUGGACAACGAAUUGUGUGUUUAGUCCUUGAUAAAUCUGGAAGCAUGUCGAAUGCUAACCGCCUUAACCGGAUGAAUCAAGCAGGGAAGCUUUUCCUGCUGCACACCGUGGAACAGGGCUCCUGGGUUGGGAUGGUGAUGUUCGACAGUGUCGCCUAUGUACAAAGUGAACUCAGACAGAUUAACAGUGACGCCGACAGGGAUGUUCUCACUAGAAGCUUACCCACAGUACCUUCAGGAGGGACAUCCAUCUGCUCUGGGCUUCGAUCGGCAUUUACUGUGAUUAGGAAGAAAUACUCUACAGAUGGAGCUGAAAUCGUGCUGCUGACUGACGGGGAGGACAACACUAUAAGCAGCUGCUUUAAUGAGGUGAAGCAAAGUGGAGCCAUCAUCCAUACAGUCGCCCUGGGGCCCUCUGCGGCUAAAGAACUAGAGGAGCUGUCCAAAAUGACAGGAGGUUUACAGAUGUAUGCUUCAGAUCAAGUUCAGAACAACGGCCUCCUUGAUGCUUUCGGGACCCUCUCAUCAGGAAAUGGAGCUCCUUCUCAGAGCUCCAUCCAGCUGGAGAGUAAGGGAUUAACCUUCCAGAACAAUAAUCAGUGGAUGAAUGGCACGGUAAUAGUGGACAGCACAGUGGGAAAGGACACUUUCUUUCUUGUCACCUGGACAAAACAGCCUCCCCAAAUCCUUCUUUGGGAUCCCAGUGGAAAGUUACAAAGUGGCUUUGUAGUGGACGCAGCUAUCAAAAUGGCCUCCCUCCAAAUCCCAGGCACCGCCAAGGUUGGGACUUGGAGAUACAGUCUGCAAGCAAGCUCACAAACUCUGACUCUGACUGUCACCUCCCGUGCAUCAAGUGCUACUGUCCCUCCAAUUACACUGAAAACCAGAAUGAACCAGGACACAGGCAAAUUCCCCAACCCCAUGAGAGUUUAUGCAAAAGUUCGUCAAGGAGCCUUACCAAUUCUUAGGGCCAAUGUCACAGCCCUGAUUGAAUCAGCAAACGGGAAAACAGUUACCUUGGAAUUACUGGACAAUGGAGCAGGGGCUGAUGCUACUAAGAAUGAUGGUGUCUACUCAAGGUACUUUACAAAUUAUGAUGCAAAUGGAAGAUAUAGUGUAAAAAUAUGGGUCCUGGGAGGAAUUACUGCAGCCAGACAGAGAGCAAUUCCUCAUCAGAAUGGAGCCAAGUACAUACCUGGCUGGAUUGAGAAUGGUCAAAUAAAAUGGAAUAUACCACAAGCUGAAAUUAGUGACAAUACUUCUCAAGAGGAGCAAGUGUGUUUCAGCAGAACAUCUUCAGGAGGUUCAUUUGUGGCUUCCAAUGUCCCAAGUGGUUUCAUUCCUGACCUCUUCCCACCUUGUCAAAUCACUGACCUGAAGGCAGAAAUCCAAGAGGGCAGUCUCAUUAACCUGACUUGGACGGCUCCUGGGGAUGAUUACGAUCAGGGACAAGCUCACAAGUAUAUCAUUCGAAUAAGUACAAGUAUUCUUGACCUCAGAGACAAUUUCAGUGUUUCAGUUCAAGUGAACACUACUCAUCUCAUUCCAAAGGAGGCCAACUCAGAGGAAGUCUUUGUGUUCAAACCGGAAAAUAUCACUUUUGAAAAUGGCACGGAUCUCUUCAUUGCUAUUCAGGCUGUUGAUAAGGCUAAUCUUAAAUCCGAAAUAUCCAACAUUGCCCGAGUAUCUUUGUUUAUUCCUCCUCAACCUGAAGAUACUUCUACUCCUUAUCCUAGUAUUGCUACCAAUAGUACCAUUUGUGGCUUUCACAUUUUAAAAAUUAUGUGGAAGUGGAUAGGGGAAUUGCAAAUAUCCUUAGCCUUGAAUUGAGUUUUCAUGAGAUAUAUAAAAUAAAUCAACCAUUCUUUUGAUUAGAAAAAAAUUCUAAAAUGUACUUUAGACUUCCUAUAGGGGGCAAUGUAAUAAAAUGUUAAACACUGGGUAUAUAUGUAUAAAAACUAUCCAUCUGAGUUUAAAAGUUUAAUCAUUGACCAAUCUUUUAAAAAUUAUUUUGAAUAUAAGAAGUGAUGCUUGUCUCAAUAAAUGAAAGUAUGUUUUAAUUCAUUUUCAAGGAAUGUAAUUGCAGUUAAUCUAAUAGAGUGGUUGAAAGUGUUUCUUUUGAAGGGUGCCCAAAUACCCAAGCCAAAGUAUCUAAAUAUAAAAGUCCUGACUUGUUGUUUAGGAGCCUUGGACUAGCAUCACCAGGAAUGUGAUUUCUGUUUGCAAGAUUUGGGCAAGGAUGAUGCACUUAAGGAAGGGAUUGUACUGUGAUAAGAAAUAACAGCAUGAUGAAGCUUCCACAGGCACAGAAAUGUAUGCUGUAUGUUACGAAUCAGUGGUGCCUAAAGCCACAGUAGAGGAACAUGAAGUGAUAAAGACAGAUUGAAGCCAGGUAUGAAGGGAAAGUGAUUGAGAAGUAAACAUUUAUUGUGUGCCUUGAAUCAGGUACUCUAUUAAGGCCUGUGUAUACAUUCACUAUUUAAUGUAACUCAGUUCAUUCAGAGAAUGUUCAUGGGCUGACAACCACAUUCCAGGUCUAUGCAUGGUCCUAAGGAUACAAGAUAAAUAAAAGUUGGCCUUCUCCCCAAAAGCAAUAAAGAGCUUUUGAGAUUGAUUUCUGAAAUCAGGAGGCAGACAUGAUCAGAGUUGUGCUUGAAAAGGGAGCUUUGAGACCCCUUGAAGAGCUCUUCUCCUACCAAGAGCUGUGAGAGAAGCUAGAGGCCUGAAAGGCAAAGGAGGAGAAAUCAAUGCAAAUACAGAUCUAGCAGUAUGGCAGUCCAAGGGCCAAGGUUUUUCACAAGAGAAAAAGAGCCUAAAGUUCUGUGUACAUUGGCACAAUAAUUUGAAGAUGUAGAUGGCUGUCUUUAUGAUUGAAAACAAACUAUCCAUGCUAUUGCUUCUACAUAGAGGCAACAUUAAUUAAUUAAUUAACCUUCCUUAUAUCAAAACAGGCUUUGAGGAACCUUAGAGAUACACACAAUAGAUACACAAAAAACUUUAAAUGGAAUGAAAUAAAUAUAUAAUAAAAACUGAAGAAAGAUUCAGUAUAUCUAAUGCAGUGGAGGGAUACUUCAGCAUUACAGAAUUAAUUCUGCAAUAUAAUAACAUUUGGUGAAAUGGAGGUGUCAUCCUUCUUCUUUUUAUCUCUUUUAUUUCUUCUUUUUAUCUCUUUUUACUUUACACUGAUAAUCAAACAUCAUGAAAGUGGAGCACUAUGUCCUCAGUGGAUAUCAUGUGUAUACUAGACAUUGAAAUUGCGACUUGGGGCUGGAGUUGUGGCUCAGUGGUAGAGUGCUCGCCUAGCAUGUGUGAGACCCUGGGUUCGAUCCUCAGCACCACAUAAAAGUAAAUUAAUAAA